CGACGAACUGACACGCAAGCGGUUCGGAGGAUCUAACAACCGCUCCUCAUGUGCUGGCAGAAAUCGCAGUCGUUUCAGAGUCACUAACUUGCUAUAUCGAUCGAGAACCGUCCUGCUCUUUUACGAGACAACUUCACAACAACACUUACGGACUACUGAACUCCCUACUCGGACUCCGAACCCCGCAUCUCCACACCCUGAACUGAGCUUAGCUACCGCUCUCGUCGCAACAAUGUCGGAAGCCCCAGCUCAGUCCUAUUCUACGGACCCGCAUCUGUAUAUCUAUACCUCGCUCACCGCUGGCUCAUCACAUAUCGUCACAGCGACAUCGAGGCUCGAAACCAUCCUGAGGGCAAACAGAAUCCCAUUUAAAGGUAUCGAUCUCGCAACAGAUGAGAAGGCACGCAUGAUAUGGGGACGCCGCGCAGGAAAAGAUGAGAGUGGGCGCCAGCGAAAGCUCCCGGGUUUAGUCCAGGAGGGCCUGGUAAUCGGGGACCUGGUGGAAAUAGAAGACUGGAACGAAUAUGGCGAGCUUAAGCAACAUGUCCGCAUUGUCGGGGUGUCUUCGACGCCGCCAAGACCUCCUGGAUUUGGUAAUCCCAUAAAGGCUGCUGCUGCUGCUGCUGCGGCUGCGCCAGCUGCGCCAGUUGCUCCCGCGGCACCAGCUGCACCAGCUCCGCCGACUGCACCACCGCUACCAACCGGUGCGAAGCAGCCCAUUCCUCUCGCCCCCGAAUCUAAACCAGUUCCUAAAGAGGCAGAAGUUCCCAAGACGCCUGCAGCUGGGGGAAAUUCAAUGACACUGGCGAUGCGCCAAAUGGGCGAAGAAGCCGCACAGAGGGCGAAGGACAUGAAGAAAAAGACACUGCAGGCGAAGCCUGAAGUAUUUGUUGGUAGUGGAACGGGGGAGGCCGCAGCAAAGGAUACCAAGGAGUCGGCGACGACAGAAACCCCGCAGAUUGUCGAGCCUAUUACGAUAUUACAAGACCCAAAAACAUCGGCUUGGAAUGUAUCCCCGGCAAGCACACCGCCUGUCUCGCAGCAUGCGCUGAAUGAAAUGAAGUCUCUCCAAUCGCCAACAUCUACGGCUUGGAAGGUGGCAGAUAUUAGCUUGCCAGUCGCCAAGAGUGGAGAGAGCGCGACGUCAACUGCAUCGGCUGAAAAGGCUAAACCAGUUGAGAAAAAGGAGGUUGCUGCGGAGGAAGAUGAUGAUGAGGACGACGAUGACGAUGACGAAGACGAGGAGGAUGAUGAUGAGGACGACGAUGACGAAGAAGAUGAAGAUGAUGAAGACGAAGACGAGGAAGAUGAGGAAGAUAAGGAUGAGGACGAUGACGAAGAUGAGGACGACGAUGAGGAGAAGAGGAAGAAGGAUGAAGGCACUGCGAAGAACGAACUAAAGAAGGCCUAGGUUGACCCCCUCGGAGUAGACACGGCCUGUAUAUAGGGAUCAAGCCAUAUCUGGACAGCGGCAUGAGCCUGGCGAGGUUGUAGUUGGAUUUGGGAUGUUCAAUAUUCAAUAUGAAGGGGCCUCUGAAACUACGAUCUGAUCCUUGCUUCUAACAUCACGAUAGUUUUACGUUAAUUCAGUAUUCUCGUGUG